GCCAAGGGGAAGUAGAUAUGCUGAGGCCUGGAUGCAAGCAACUGGGUGGCCUUCAGAGAAGAACCAAAGGCAGUGGCACUGGUGACAGCUGCUGAAUGAGGACAGACAGGCAGGCACUACCAUACCAUGACCUUCAGCUGCUGUCUUGAACCCUGUGCCUGCCCUGGGGAAGGUGUGGGACCCUUCUCCCCAGACCCCCUUCUCCCUGAGCAAGCUCCCUCCCAGAGGACAGGUCAAAUUCACUAUAGCUGUGGAAUACUCUGAAGUCCCACUGUAAGCCAUGGAGGGCUCUGUCCUCAGCCCCACAUCCUGGGAAAAACGGCGGGCAUGGCUACAGAAGACCCACAACUGGCAGACGCAGAUCCUAGAGGAGGAGGCAGCAGCUGCCCUUCAAGAUGUUCCAGACCCUGAGCCCCCCAACCUGGAUGAUGUCUUCUUGGAAGAGAGUCCCAUGAAUAAGAUUGAAGACUGGCUGCAGGAUUGUGGAUCCUCCGAAGAAGGGUUUCCUGAAGAGCUUGGCCUGUCCAUCCACAGUGGGUGUCCCAGCCAUGAAGCCAGCUUUGAUGAUGACCUGACCUUGGGAGCAGAAGCAAUUCUGUUAGCAUCCAAUGGCAAACUCCUUUCCAGGAGUUUGCUGGAGACAACCAGGCCAGGGCACCUACUCAACCUUGGCUGUAGUAUGGCAUCUAGCAACAUGACCAGUGGGACCAAUAAGACCAGUUCAAGCAUCUCUGAGAUUCUGGACAAAGUUGGGGAAAAUGCAGAGGAUGUCCUUUUCAGCCUGGGCUUUGCUCAAGACGAUCAUAGAGCUACAGCUCGGAUUCCUGCCCGCUUCUUCACCACCCCCUCCCAGGCCAAGGGUAUUGACUUCCAGGUUUUUCUGAAGGCUCAGGUGCAGAGGAUAGAGAUGGAAGACCCCUGCUUGAUGCUGGCCAGUCGGUUUAAGCAGGUGCAAACGCUGGCCACCACUGCCGAUGCCUUUUUCUGCCUCUACUCCUAUGUGUCCAAGACCCCUGUCCAGAAGUUCAUGCCAUCCCAAUUGUUCUGGCCCAGUGUUGCUGAUGCACCCCUCAUCCGGGUCCUUCCCCCAGAACCUGAGGCCCAAUCCCCUGUUGAACGUCUUCGGAGAGCGGUAUCCAAGAUGUGUCUGUACACAGCCCCUCGGGAUGGACCAUCUCCACCCUAUGCUUCAACCAAAAGAAAUAGUCUGGAUCAAGUGGUAUGGGAAGUGAUGGACAAGGUGAGAGAAGAUAAGUUUACUCACCCGGUGGGGUCAGAUAGAAAGGCUGCCCCAGACCUCUACUCCAGAGUAGAGGCUCAGUGGGGGAUUCCAUCACCUCUUCAAACCAAGGGACUUAUCACUAAGCCUUCUCACUGCAGAGAUGUAAGGAAGGCAGAAUCCAUGGAUCCCCACAGGGAUCUGGAAGAAGAGAGAGACACUAAAUGGGGUAGUACCCACAUCGCCAACCAGCCUCCUGCAGUAUUCACUUCACAUAUUUGGAAGGCAUCCACUCCACACCCUUUUCACUAUAUGGACACUGAGACAGCAAAGCCACAGAGCAGAGGGGAUCUGGAAUGGAGAACAGAGGCAAAGGAACAGAGGACUUGGGAUAGGGAGAGAGAACUGUGGGACAUGCAAGCCAAAAAGGAGACACAUUUAAGCAAGGAGCAGGAGGCCCUGGAGCUUUGUAGGACCCAGAGGUAUCCUGGUGGGACAAGAGGACAAGCAAGAAGGCGGCUGUUCCAGAGGAACUACCAAGGCAUCAAAGGGAGGAGAGUCAGCCCCUUAGAACAGGCUACCACUGAGGAAGAGAUGGGGAAGGGCUCAGUGGGAUCAGCUGUGCCCCACACCAUACCCCAGAGGUUCACUGAACAGCAACAGGACUCCUUGGAUUUGGAGGAGGUACAUAGCAACAGUGAUGAAGAAGAGAGGAAUUGGACCAGUGAACCUGAGUGUCCCUCCUCACUAUCCCUUGCCACCUCUGGAUGGAAGCCCAGGAGCUUUCUCCUUCACACCAGCAGCACUCAUUCUGACAGCAGUGGCUUCGUGGAAGAACAACCUCCUCCACCCUCCCAUCUCUCAACUGAGAAGGUUCUCCAGGGGAUCUAGUUUCUAGCUCCAAGAGACCUCAGGCCACCUAAUAUGAACAUAGCAAGGAGCUAGGGUGGGCAGAAGGCAUCUGUACAGAGGUUCACUCCCCGGAUCCUAGUUCUUGCCUAAGACAAAGGGAAAUGUGGAAGGGCUGGUGAAAAUUGCAUCUAGGGAACAGCAUACUCAAACCCUAAAUUUAGGGACUGAGGGAAUUAAUAGGGGAAUGGGAGUAGAAAGUCUGAAAGAGUCUUAUGGCUUCAACCAUCACCUAAUCUCCUAAAAAAAAAUCUGCAAAGAAAUUAUGCCAAGGAGGAAGGGGACCAAUUCAUGAUGCCAUCUUCCAGACACGAGUUUCAUUUGACUCUACUCAAGUGGAUGUUCCAACAGUAUCCCCUUCUGGCAUAUCACUAGGGAAGACACUUUGUACACAGAAAUGAUCCCAGCCAAGAAGAGGAUUAGCCCUGCAAGCUUUAUCUUGAACUGUUCUUGCCUGAGGUUGUUUAUGCUAGAUACCCAUGAUGACUGACACAGUCAUGCCUGGGAGAACAUGGAAGAAGGUAUUGUUCAGGGAUGAAACUGUUAUUGACAUCAUGACAAAAAUUUAUUACCACUGCCUAAUACCUCCAUGGUUUCUGUGCCCAGACCUUGGGCUGUUCACAACAUGGUCAGGCAUACAAGGUUCCCUAGGCAUACGGAUAACAUCAGAGAACUUGGGGACAUCCAGGGAAAACCAUUCAGAGAUGAUAUACAUCUAACAAAGAUCACAUAAACACAACAUGUGUGUAUACAUAUAUGCAUGUAUGUAUAUACAUAGUAUACAUAUGCACAUACUUACAUAUAUACAUGUGUGUUUCUUAUAAUC